AUGUCGCUCGCAACGUCCACGGUCAAGGAGGCCAUCACGGAGGGCCUGAUUGGUCAUGAGAAAUCUUCGCAGCUGUCGGCGCAAACACGAAUUCGCUUCCUCAAGCAUGCCGUCAAGGAUGCCGAGACCGGAGAGCUGUUCAUGAAACUCGACCAGUUUCUCGAUGCUGUCGCGCCCGAGGGCUCGGACUUUCACAAAAUCCAGCGGGAGCAGUACACGAUUCUCUUUCCCGUGGUGGACCGCCAACGUCGCGGCCGCGUGUCCCUGGCCGACUGGGCGUACUUUGAGAACAUCCUGGCCAAGCCUGACGCCGAGUACGAGAUCGCAUUCCGGCUGUUCGACGCCGAGGGCCUCGGCACCGUCCGCUAUGACGACUUCCGGCGGCUGUACGAGCUUAACAAGGGCACCGACAGCAUCCCGUUCAACUGGGACUGCGAGUGGACCCGGCUGUACAUUGGCGACAAGCGCAAGCGUCACGACCUGGACUACGCCCAGUUCUCGCAGAUGCUGCGCGGCCUGCAGGGCGAGCGCAUACGCCAGGCCUUCCAGCUACUCGAUCGUGACGGCGACGGCUACAUUGAGCCGCAGGAAUUUGAGCGCAUCAUCGUCGAGACGGCGCGCCACAAGCUGUCAGACCAUCUGCUGGCGCACCUGCACACGCUCUGCAACAUCUCCCAGGGCAGCAAGGUCUCGUAUGCCAAUGUACGGGCGUUCCAGAACGUGGUGACCGAGAUGGACCUCGUCGAGCUCAUCGUCCACCGCGCCUGUGCCAAGGCUACCGACGGCAAGAUCACGCGCACCGACUUCCUCAACCAGGCUGCCCGCACUGCGCGCUUCUCUCUCUUCACGCCCAUGGAGGCCGACAUCCUCUUUCACUUUGCCAGUAUUGACGAGCCGUCGGGCCGGCUGGGCUUGGCUGACUUUGCCAAGGUGCUCGACCCAUCAUGGCGCAGCCAGGAGGCACAUCUGUCCUCGGCCGCAGCUGCUGCUGCUGCGGUCGGCACGGGCGCCGGACAGCCCAAGGCGCGAUCGGCUGCCCGGUCAUUCCUGUCGGACGCGCUCGAGUCGGCGUACAACUUCGGGCUAGGCAGCAUAGCUGGCGCGUUUGGCGCGCUGAUGGUGUACCCGAUCGAUCUGGUCAAGACGCGCAUGCAGAACCAGCGUGAUGCACGGCCGGGCGAGCGCCUGUACAACAACUCGAUUGACUGUUUCCGCAAGGUGGUGCGCAACGAGGGCUUCCUGGGCCUGUACUCGGGCGUGCUGCCGCAGCUCGUGGGUGUGGCGCCGGAGAAGGCCAUCAAGCUGACGGUCAACGAUCUGGUGCGCGGCUGGUUCACGCGCAAGGAUGGCAGCAUCUGGGUGGGACACGAAAUGCUGGCGGGUGGUAGUGCUGGUGCCUGUCAAGUGGUCUUUACGAACCCGCUGGAGAUUGUUAAGAUCCGCCUGCAGGUGCAGGGCGAGGUGGCCAAGAGCGUCGAGGGUGCACCCAGACGGUCGGCCAUGUGGAUCAUCCGCAACUUGGGCCUGGUGGGCCUGUACAAGGGUGCGUCGGCGUGUCUGCUGCGUGACGUGCCGUUCUCGUGCAUCUACUUCCCGACGUACAGUCACCUGAAGAAGGACUUGUUCGGCGAGUCCAGGACGAAGAAGCUGGACGUGUGGCAGCUGCUGACGUCCGGCGCCAUUGCUGGCAUGCCGGCUGCAUACCUGACAACGCCGUGCGACGUGAUCAAGACCCGGCUACAGGUGGAGGCCCGCAAGGGCGACACGCAGUACACGGGUCUGCGCCACGCUGCCAGCACCAUCUGGAAGGAGGAGGGUUUCAAGGCCUUCUUCAAGGGCGGACCGGCACGCAUCCUGCGGUCGUCGCCGCAGUUCGGCUUCACGCUGGCGGCGUACGAGGUGCUGCAGACCCAUCUCCCGUAUCCGGGCCAGAGCAACAAGAAGAACAAGGAGCUGCUUCUGUCGGGUGCUGGCGCAGUCGAUGCGUCCAGUCCGGUGAUUCGCAGCCGCAAUGCGCUCCGGAUCAUCCUGGACCUGGACGAGAACUUUGGAAAGCUGCGACUGCCGGAUCAGAAGGGCUGGCAGUCACUGCCCAACAGCCUGAGCGGCCGGGCAUGA